UACCCAACGCCCCUUGCCCUGUCGUUGCUCUUAUCUUAUCCCCAUCCUUACUUCGUUUCCCCUUCUUUUUUCUUUCUUCUCCCCCUCUCUUUCUCUCUCUCUUGCAACUUGCUGAGUUGGUGUGUCCUUGUUCCUGCCUCCUGGACGGAUCACGCAUAUCCAAUCCAUCCCCCACGCGAGAUUUGCGAUUUUGCUCCGCCUAGCUUACCCUGGCACCGCCCGGAUCGCCGGUUCCUCCUGCCCGGACAUGUCGACGGCGGUGGCGGAGGCGUUCGCGCCCUACGGCUUCCCCGGAUCGGGGACGAAGAAGGGCGACCACGGCAAGGUGAUGCUGCCGGGGAAGAAGAUGAGCGACGGGUUCUUCAUAGAGGAGGAAGAGGAGGAGGCGCAGGAGGUGCUGACUGAGACUGAGAGCUCGUCGAUCGGCGCGCCGUCGCCGUCCAGCUCGUCCAUCGGGGAGAACUCCUCGUCGGAGGCCGGCGAGGCGGAGGAAGAAGAAGAGGUGGAGAGCAAGCUCAAGGUGGAAUCUGGGCUCGGCUGCUUGGAAGCCCUGGAGGACUCCUUACCCAUCAAGAACGGGCUGUCCAGCUUCUACGCCGGCAAGUCCAAGUCCUUCACGAGCCUGGCGGAGGCGGCGGCGCAGGAAGCCGUGAAGGAGCUCGCCAAGCCGGAGAACCCGUUCAACAAGCGCCGCCGCAUCCUGGCCUCCUGGUCGCGCCGCGCCUCCUGCAGCUCCCUCGCCACGGCCACCUACUUGCCCCCGCUCCUCGGCCCCGACCACGCGCUCCACGAGGGGGACGAAGGCGAAGAAGACGACGACGACGAGUACUCCGGCGAGGACUCCGACGAGCAAUCGCGGCAGCACCGCGGCAAGAACGGAAGGGAGGCGCCGGCAUUGCCGCCGCCGAGGCUGAGCGCGCACGCGCAGCAGCAGCAGCCGAUGGGCGCCGCGAGGAAGAACGGAUCCUUCAGGUCCCCGAGGUCCUACUCGCUGUCUGAUCUUCGAAAUAGCGGUGGCGCUAGUUAUAAUCAGUAGCUGCAAAAAUUUCGCAGUUAGCCUCUUCGAUCUCUCUCCUCUCACACCCCUUCUCUUCUUGGCUAGUAGAGUUUGUUAUUACUGCUACUUAAUUAUAUAUAUGACUAUAAUUACCAGAGCAUGUGUAAGUGUCUCAAGUCCGAUCUGUUAUAUCUCUUGGAUUUCGUUAAGAGACAUGUAUGAACUGCUACGAUGAACUGACCUAA